UCCAUAGCACAUACGUAAGCCAUGAGCUAUGCUACAAGAAAACCAGCCCAUACACAAUUCGUUCGAGCCGUGGGAAUUCUCAAUAACUUUUGUCAGAAUUUACUGGUAACCUAGACAGUAUGGCACGUAUAGCGAUAUGUUUAAUAAGAAAUGAUUUGCGUCUUCACGACAAUGAGGUCUUCCACUGGGCCCAGAAGAAUGCUGAAUAUAUUGUCCCACUCUAUUGCUUUGACCCUCGACAUUAUGGAGAAACUGUCCACUACAACCUUCCUAAAACAGGGCCCUUCCGCCUGCGAUUCAUAUUAGAUAGUGUUAAGGACCUUAGAGCCUCCUUGAUCAAGAAAGGCAGUACCCUCUUUGUGAGAUGUGGAAAGCCAGAAGAAGUGGUUGGAGACCUAAUCAGACAAUUGGGUUCCGUCAGCGCUGUGGCGUUUCAUGAGGAGGUAGCACCCGAAGACCAGACAGUGGAGAAGGGAGUGAGAGAUGUCUGUGCCCAAAGGAAUGUCAAAGUGUACACAUGCUGGGGCUCCACGCUAUACCACAGAGAGGACCUUCCCUUCCACCACAUAUCAAUGCUGCCCGAUGUGUACACACAGUUCAGGAAGGCAGUAGAGACCCAGGUCAGGGUGAGACCAGUGCUUUCAACCCCAGACCAGCUGCACCCUGUCCCAUCUGGCCUAGAGGAAGGACCUAUCCCUAGUCCUGAGGAUCUGGAGCAAACAGAGCCUGUAGCUGACCCCCGUUCUGCCUUUCCCUGUAUGGGGGGGGAGACAAAGGCCUUAGCCCGACUAAAGCAUUAUUUCUGGGAUACGGAUGCUGUAGCCACCUACAAGGAGACUCGAAAUGGAUUGAUUGGUGUGGACUAUUCCACUAAGUUUAGUCCUUGGCUGGCUCUUGGCUGCAUUUCCUCCAGAUACAUUUACGAACAAAUAAAAAAAUAUGAGAUUGAGCGGACCAACAAUCAGAGUACUUACUGGGUGAUCUUUGAACUGCUCUGGAGAGACUAUUUCAAGUUUGUUGGAGCCAAAUAUGGAUGCAGACUGUUUGAUGUUAAAGGCCUUCAAGAGAAGUCUGUCCCUUGGAAGAAGGAUAUGAAGUUGUUCAAUGCAUGGAAAGAGGGCUGCACGGGUGUGCCUUUUGUGGAUGCCAACAUGAGGGAGCUUGCCAUGACGGGGUUUAUGUCCAAUAGAGGACGUCAGAAUGUAGCCAGCUUCCUCACUAAAGACCUGGGUCUGGACUGGAGGAUGGGGGCUGAGUGGUUUGAAUACCUCUUGGUGGACCAUGACGUGUGUAGCAACUAUGGCAACUGGCUGUACAGUGCUGGGAUAGGAAAUGAUCCACGAGAGAACAGGAAAUUCAACAUGAUUAAACAAGGGCUUGAUUAUGACCCUUAUGGAGAUUAUGUAAGACUGUGGGUUCCAGAGCUUCAAGGUAUCAAGAAUGGAGACGUCCACACACUCUGGGUCCUCAGCAGUGACACCCUGUUAUCUGCACAUGUGUCCCUCAACGAGACUUACCCACACCCCAUUGUCAUUGCACCAGAGUGGUGCAGGCAUAUCAGCAAAAAAAUGACUGAAGCAGGACCUUCGUCCAGAGGCAAAAGAGGGCCAUCUCAAGCUCCUAAACAACAUCGGAACAGGGGCAUGGAUUUCUAUUUCCCCAAGAAUAAGCCCUUGUGACAGAGCUCAAUGCAAAUAGUACUGGUUGAAAAUAAGUUAAGGUUCCACUGAAACAAUACAGCUUACUUUUGUUUUGUUUGAGGCACGUACAAUUAUAGAAGACCUUUAGGUUCAUGAGUGACACUUCUGACUAUGUUGGUUGAAAGUGCAUUGUUAAAUAAAAGUAAAUAAACAAGUCUUAUACUGAUCAGAAGCUUGUCUUUGCCAUUAUACUGCAACACAAAGUGAACAAAAUAUAUGGUAUCAUACAAUAACAAUCACUUUUAUUGAAUACCUUUGGUAUUUAAAACCACCUGAGUGAAGCUCAGACAGUGGCCACUAACAUUCACUCUUACAUAAAACACAUGGGGAGGUGUAACAAAAAAGACGGAAGCUACGGGGCCGUCCCACAGGUAAGGAAGGCGGAUCUAGUGCACUCAUGAUUAAAGCUGGGUUAGGCAAGUUUUGCGAAGCUAGCUAAUUUAGCUUUUGUUUGACACGAUUCAAAACAAAAUAUCCUACAAUAUUACAUCCUACAACACUCCUACAAAACUACUAGUUUAUUUAGCAAAUAUGACAAAAAGUGCUUCUCAAACCUUUUGCCUGCCAACCUGCAAAACUGCCAACCUUUCAGAGGGAUAACCUAUGUAAGGCUGGGUGUCAAACCUGCCCCCACCUCUCAUAUGCUAAAGUCUGGAGUUUCUGGACGGUCUCAACUUGAUGGCCCUCACACCCCAUUCAAGAUUUGGUCUGAUUGGUUGGUCUUGUGUAUAAAGGGAAUUGUAAUGCAUUGUUCUGUGGAUUCUUCAUCUCCUGAGACUUUCUCCUCAGUUCUCCCUUGUCCUACUGUCCUACUCCUUGCUCACCUCUUGCUUUCUCUCUGAUUUACAAUGAUCAUGGUAGAGUAGGUAAGAUUUAAAGCUUUCAUAUUGUAACAUGUUUGCCUUGUAAUUGAUUUCAUUCAUUUGCAAUGUCAUUAAAUGCGUAUUUCUUUUAACCGUA